AAGAAUGUUUACAUAUUGCCCUUACUUCAACUCUCCUUGCCCUUCACAAUUAUAUAUAUACGUACACAAUCACUUCUCUUCUCUAAUUCAUCACCAUCGUUAUCUCAACCAUUCUCUCUCUCUCUCUCUUCCUCUUUACUAAUACAGCUUCCAUCAUCCAUAAUAUCUUAAGAAUUGAUAUAAGAGAAUAUGAGCAAUACGGAGGCAAUCAGUUUGGCCAAAAGAGGAAUGUUGCCGCCAAGUAAUUGCAAUCGUCUAAUGGACCGAUCUGAGUCCCUCAAGAGAGACAGUGUGAUGAGCAAUAAUGGUGCUGCCAAAACGAGAGGAAUCUUAGAGCGCAAGAAAUCAAAGAGUUUUAAGGAAGGAGAGAGCUAUUCUUCCUGGCUCAUAACUGAGGCUCCUGGAAGUAUAGCAGCCGUGAGGAGAGAACAAGUGGCGGCACAACAAGCCCUAAGGAAACUAAAGAUUGCUCAUUACGGCAGAUCCAAAUCAACCAUUAAUUUCACUUCUUCUAAAGUCGUCCCUCUUCUUAUUUCUAACCCUAACCCUCAUCCUCAGAGGUGCAGCUUCCUCACCCCCACUUCUGAUCCUAUUUACGUGGCCUACCAUGAUGAAGAAUGGGGAGUUCCAGUUCAUGAUGACAAGAUGUUGUUCGAACUGCUGACCCUCAGCGGGGCACAAGUAGGCUCCGACUGGACUUCAACCUUAAGAAAACGCCAUGACUACAGGAAGGCGUUUAUGGAGUUUGAGGCGGAAGCGGUUGCCAAACUCACCGAGAAAGAGAUGAGUGCAAUAAGCAUCGAAUACAAAAUAGAGAUGAGCAAAGUGAGAGGUGUUGUGGAGAACGCUACAAAGAUCGUAGAGAUCAAGAAAGCGUUCGGCUCACUAGGGAAAUACCUUUGGGGAUUUGUGAACCACAAGCCCAUCUCCACGAACUACAAGAUUGGACACAAGAUUCCGGUCAAGACAUCGAAGUCUGAAAGCAUCAGCAAAGACAUGGUUCGUAGAGGCUUCCGGUUUGUUGGUCCAACUGUGGUUCACUCAUUCAUGCAAGCCGCUGGUCUUACUAACGACCACUUGCUCACUUGCUGUCGCCACAUUCCUUGCACUAUCCUCGCAAACAAUCCCUAAUUAUUAAAUUUUUAGUUUAAGUGAAAGUGUUGUUUUCAUUUAACUUUCGAGUGCAAAAUAUAGGUGUAGGAAAAAAGAUAUCGCGGGUUUUUUUUUUUUUUUUUUUUUAAUUUGGCUAUGUAAGAUAAGCCUCGUUUGAUUAUUUUCUGUUGUGUGAGGUUUUCUAAAAUCACAUGUAUAAGGUUUUUUUGAUGUAUGUGUGGUGUGACAAAUUGAAAUAGUAAUUGAUUUUCAUUGGAUU